AUGGGAUUCCACCUGCACCGGCUUGCUUCCGCUGCGGCGGCCUGCAGGCGAGGCAGCGCCAAAACCUUCGCGCUCGCGCCGGCGCCAACCAAGACGCUCCUUUUCCCCGCUCGCCGCCAAAGCAUCACCACCGCGGCCGACCCCGCCACGCCCCCGCCGACGUCGCCGUGGGUUAUCCUCGGCAGCAUCCCGCGCGUCGCCGAGAUCGAGGGCGCCGCCGACGUGUCGCUGGCGCUGACGGCGCCCCCGCGCGUGUCGCGCCUGUCCAUCUCCCCGCGCGUCUUCCCGGACCGCCCCACGCCACAGAGCUUCCCGUUCGUGCUCGCCACGGACCCCUCGGGCCUGCUCCUCCUCUCCGCGAUCCUCGACGCGCCGCUCACCCGCGUCGACGUCGACCGCCCGGACGCCACGCGGCGGUCCAUGUAUUGGCGCGACGACGACCCGCGCUACUUCGUCCUCGACGCCGCCACGGGCUCCGCGCUCCGCCUCCCGGACCCGGCCUCGCAGGAGCCCGUCGAGCACCAGGCGCUCCUCGGCCUGCUCGCCUGCCCCGGCGGCGCCGGCCGCUACGUGGUUUCCGAGCUCCUGCCGCUCAUCGGCAGCGACACGGUAAAACCCUACACCGCCACCCUCCGCUGCUACUACUUCGACGUCGGCGAGUGGGUCCAGAAGAGCGUGCGUUACCCGCUCCCGCCGCGCCCGCUCGCGCCGCUCCGCACGCUCGCCCUCCACGGCAGGCUCUGGUGGGCCGACUACUCCUGGGGCGUCAUCACCGCCGACCCCUUCGCCGACUACCCCGUGCUCAGCUUCGUCCCGCUGCCCCGCCCCUGCGUGCUCCAGAGCAGGGAGGCCUGGGGGGUGCUCGACCAGCUCCGCUACGUCGGGAUCAGCGCCGGCAGCCUGCGCUUCGUCGACACCUACCGCCGGGAAGGCGCCCCCAACAAGGUCACCGUCUGGACCCUGCCCCACCCGUACGCCACGGAGUGGAUGCUGGAGCAUGAGGCCACCUUCGCCGACAUCUGGGCUGACGACACGUACAAGGCCACUGGCCUCCCCAAGAAGAUCCCCGUGCUCGCGCUCAUCCACCCCCACAACCCCGCAGUGGUCUACUUCUUCCUCGAGGACUACCUCUUCGCCGUCGACGUGCCCGCCCGCAAGGUCGUGGAGUGCGACCGCUACCACCUGGUGGCACCUCCCCGCGACUACGAGAUCGCCAACCGAUUCGUCCGCGCGUGGGAGCUGCCUCGUGCAGUCUCCUCAGGACUGGUGAAUUGGUCGUCUGACAUCGGCUCAUCUGAACCAACCAAAGCGUUGCCAUCGACGAAAAUGCCCGGUGAUUACCACUUGGUUGGUAACAUGAGGAUGAAAUUCAUUGGAUGAGCUCAGGAUGGGAGGAAGUGGUUGCAGCUGUUUAAUUCCCUACUAGGUUUAGCUAGCAGUGCUGGACUCAGGCUGGUAACAUGUUUUGGGUGGGAUAUGGCAUGCUCAGCGCCGGUGACAUGCUUUGGGGGUCUGGCUGCACGUUCAGUUUGCAGCUCCAAUUCUGUCCAUGGCAUGCUGUUGGAACACUACUUGUGCUAUUUUGCUGAAUGUUACGAUCGAUCUUGGCCCUUCUCUGAUGGAACAUUACUUGAUCAUCAGGUGUGACUUGGAUCAUGCUUGAUUCUGGUGACUUUCAGCUGCAAUGUGAUUCUAUCA